AUGGGCGAAAAGCGUAGUGUCAUGUUCGUGUGUUUGGGUAACAUUUGUCGAUCUCCAAUGGCUGAGGCCGUGUUUAACGAUGUUGUGAUGCAAAGAGGUCUAGCAGACAAGUGGUAUGCUGAAAGUUCUGGUACAGGGGGAUGGCACGUAGGCUGUUCACCAGACCAUCGGACGAUGACCGUACUGAGAAACAACGGUAUAAAAUACAAGCAUUCAGCACAACAGUUCAGUUUGGAAGACUUAGAUAAGUUUGAUUUUGUUUUUGGAAUGGAUAAGAAUAAUAUGGACUUUAUCAAUCGCAUGAAAGGAUCAGACAAUACAAAAGCAAAAGUAUUUAUGUUAGGGUCAUUUGAUCCAGAAGCAAGGACCUCUGGGAAAACUAAUAUAGAAGAUCCAUAUUAUGAUACUGAUAUUCGAGGAUUUGAAAAAUGUUUUCAACAAUGUAUGAGGUCUUGUCAAGCAUUUCUGGACGAACAUAAUUAA